AUGUUCAACGCAAAGACGACCUCUCUACUCCUCACCUUUGCUCUCGCCUGCAUCAGCGCUCGCGCACAAGCAGGACCAACGCUCAACACACCUACAGGCUUGACGCAAUGCCAGCCCGUUGCGCUUACGUGGUCCGGUGGUACGGACACUGCCGCUCAGCCUGUCAAGCAAUUUCCACCCCAGUCUGGUGCCAGCGGCACAUACACUUGGACCGUCGAUCUCGACGUAGGCAAGACGUUGACCUUCAUCAUCUCCGACGCUACCGGAGUGAAUAACUUUACUGGUCAAGUCGAAAUUCACAAGGGAGUGACAGACGAUUGCACCAAGGGUGCUAGUCUAACCUCCGGAGGUUCGUCGUCCUCGUCUUCGUCCUCAUCGUCUUCCUCUGGCUCGGCAUCUGCCGGCGCCGGUGGAACGCAUUCUCAAAGUAGCACUACUCACAAUGGCUCUACCGACACUGCCGCUUCCUCAGGCCCUUCGAGUGGCGCUGCUACUAGUAGUACUUCACCGAGCGGUAGCAGCAACAGCAGCUCGACCCCAAGCACCUCGGGCUCUACUGCCGGAUCAGCAUCUGGCUCUGCUUCGGGCUCUGUGUCGGGCUCGGUGUCUGGUUCUUCGAGUCCAAGCAACACCACCUCAACUUCCUCGAGCUCGAAGCCGAGCUCUGGUUCCGGCUCUAGCUCGAGUCCGAGCUCGAGUGGUUCUACCGGAUCGAGCUCGACUCCAAGCUCCAGUUCAGGUUCAGGCUCAGGCUCGAGCUCUAGUGCUUCCGCCGCUCUUGCCAGCGCGCACGCUUCGCCUGCACUCAUGGCAGCUUCUGCUGUGCUCGCCCUCGGUGUUGCUACCCUCGUCGUCACCGUCAGCGCGUGA